AUGGCAAGGCCUAGAGGCAGCCUACUUCUACUGGUACUAUUGGUCUGCCACGCGGUGGCCCUCCUGCUCUUCUGCAAAGGCUUUCUCUUGCGUCGAGUUGUCAUCCCAGAGUACAGCAACUGCUCCCUCGGGCACUUCACACCUUCCCAACCGGAUGAGACCGGAGAGGCAAUCCCCGACGAGUCUCGAACGUGCUACCCCUACCCCAGGAGGUUCAAGAGAGUCUUGUGGUUGCUCAUAGACGCCCUUCGCUACGAUUUCGCAGAGUACGACGCGAGCCUCGACCCGUCACCUCCGGUCUACCGCAACAAACUCCCGUACGUUCGCGACCUACUCGCCAACCGUCCCCAAAACGCGAGACUCUUUCGCUUUGUAGCGGACCCACCGACCACCACCAUGCAACGACUGAAGGCCCUAACGACCGGGAGCCUCCCUACGUUUAUCGACAUUGGCAGCAACUUCAACAGCCACGAAAUCACCGAGGACAGUCUUCCUCACCAGAUGAAGGCCAACGGACGCAACCUCACCUUUAUAGGUGACGACACCUGGCUGGGGCUGUACGAAGGGAUGCUCACGAGGGUUUUCGACUAUCCCUCUCUGAACGUGAAAGAUCUUCACACGGUGGACAACGGCGUAUCGAUCACGUGGGACCGGAGCUAA